AUGAUGGCGGCAGUGUCCGUGACCGUAAACACCGCGUGAAGGCUCGCUUUGAGUGGUGUACAGCGCGUGCGCGCGCGCACACACACUCCUCGGCUACUGUCACGCGCUGCCGCGGUGACACGGCGUGAGGUCGUUCACCGGCUGUCGGUAUUUACCGACUCCACGCGCAGCUAAACCCCGCGAAGAGCGAACUCUGCGGUCGGAGGGUGAAGAUGUCAUGAUGCUUCCGGUCUCCAGGUUGAAAGGUCACCAGCCGGUUGCCAUGGUUACCGCCCCCUGGCCCUCACUGGUGCUGCCCUCCGAGGCCCCGCCCCCUUGCCUUUGGUUCGCCGGCCACAGUGGGGGGUGGUACGACCUCAGGCCCCGCCCACUUUACUACCCAGCCCCUUACUGGACCCCCCCGGAGGUAUCCGUCGUCAGGUGGGAGCUUCCAGGCUGGGAGAUGGUUCCUCUCCUCCCUCCGCUCUACCACUCCUCUCUCCUCCUCCCUCCGGCGCCUCCUCCUCUCCCCAAGGUCUGCUGGAGGAGCAGCGGGCCGAAGCUGGUGGACGGUUGGAUUUACCCAGAGGACUUAGCGGUGUUCCCCCAGCCGACCAAUCAGAUCCCUCCCCGGAGACACACCCCCAGGACACGCCCUCUUCUGUCGCCAGUGGCUGCAUUGCUCGGAGGAGCGUUCAGGGAAUUGGCGGCUCCACUCCAGUGGCAUAAAGGGGCGUGGUCUGAUAAGAGGGCGGGGCCUGAGCGGGAGGCGUGCCCUGUGUUGAAGGCGUGUCCUGAGAGGCAGGUGUCGCCUGUCAAGAACAUCUGGUCGGAGAGGGAGGCGUGGCCUAUAAAGCGGAUUGUAUUCCCCGUCCAUCUCCACAAAGAGGCGGGACUUAGUCAUUUCAUCAGCCAGGACAGAUGGCCCCGCCCACUGUUCCAGGUGAUGUCAUCACUUCCUGUCUCUCUGCUCUCCAGGAAGUCCUCCGCUUUCACUCUGCUCACCAACCUCUCACCGCAAAAUAAACGAGGGGGUGCUGGUGCAGGAGGGUGUGGUCGGGGAACGGUGAUGACCAACGAGAGAGAGACUGAUGAGGAGGGUGUGUCUGAGGUCAGGCUAAGGGAGGUAAAGACAGACAGACGACCCGUUGCCACAACUCCUGUCCCCGGGUCACCAUGGUGCGUAGUCUGGACUGGAGACGAUCGUGUGUUUUUCUUCAAUCCCACAAUGCACCUGUCUGUAUGGGAAAGACCCUGUGAUUUGAUUGGUCAGGACAUCGGCCGUAUCAUCAUGGACCCGCCCCACAAGAGGAAGAAGAACUCUGAGCGAGAUUUGUCUUGUCAUGAUGAUGAUGAUGAUGAUGAUGAUGAUGAAGAUGGACAUGACUCAAAGAGAAGCAGGCUAGAGGAACCGUUGUCUCUCAUCAAGGAAGGCCAGGAGGACAAGCUCCUCCCACUUGAGAUGCGCGUCUCCAAGUUUAGAGACAUGAUGCUGGAGAGAGGGGUGUCUGCCUUCUCUUCGUGGGAGAAGGAUCUUCAUAAGAUGGUUUUUGAUCCCAGAUAUCUUCUGCUCAGCCCAGACCAGAGGAAAGAGGUAUACGAUCAGUUUGUGAAGAGCCGGAUCAAGGAGGAGUACAAGGAGAAGAAGACGAAACUGCUGAAGGCCAAAGACCAGUUUAAACUGCUUCUGGAGGAGGCUAAGAUCACCAGCAAUCUGGAAGAAGAGACUACAACAUGACAACUGGACGACCAGAGGACCGCUGAGCCAAGAACCUGUCUGCACUGAACUGGGCCACAGACUGAAAGCUAGCUUCAAUGCUAGCUGAAAUCUGUCCAGUUGAUAAUAGAGCACAACAUACAUGUCUGUCUGUCUGUCUGUCUGUCUGUCUGUCUGUCUGUCUGUCUGUCUGUCUGUCUGUAGUGAUGGGUUAGUAGAAACAAGAAAGUUCAUGUUGUUCUAGAGAUCAUACUAUACUACACAUAGGACUGUGUUUUUACCGGGUAGCUCAGUAUCCACCAGUUGAUGACUUGUUAUAGUGGGCAGCUCCUCGUUUACACCAGUAUGAGACUUGCUGUACUGGUAAGCUCCAAGUGCAACCAGUAAGAGACUGGUUGCCCAUUAUAACCAGUAGUAGACUGUGUUGUACUACUCGCAUCUGUAGCACCCGUUUUUAAAGUCAAUAAACUGCUGGCUGUCAAUACCGUUAACAUGAACACGUUUCCAAGUUUUGUUUUUAUAAUAUUUUCUGUAUUUCUUUUUAAUUAAAUUGUGUUUUUACGACUCUAAAUCCAGAACAUAUUGCAUAAUAUGUUUGCAUUAUGUGGCCCCACCUCUUCCUGUGAUGUCAUUUGGUUGCCAGUCAAUCAACCAAUCCAACCCCCCCCCCCCCCCUCUUCAAAGACUUUAUCUACCUGUGGUGUCAUGUCCUGCCGUUGGUUGGUUCUCAUUGUACUAGUGUUGCUAGUGGCCAUCUUGUCUUGGUGGUGAUGUCGUAUAAGUGGACAAUAGUGGUCUUGUUCGUAGUUUGCCUCAUUUAGAAAGAAACCGAUUUGUCAAACAAAGAAACGUACAUGUUUAUUGUGCACUGAUGUUGGUGCCCAAAUUUCUUUUUUUUUUUUUUUUAAAUUAAAUAAUUGCGUUAAUCGCGCGAUACAAUUUUUAACGCCGUUAAAUUUGGUUUGAGUUAAUGCCGUUAAUAACGCGUUUAACUGACAGCUCUACUCCUAACCUCCCCUUUAACCCCAGCCUCCUAACCUCCCCUUUAUUGGUUUAUUAAAACGAUUAGACUGGACCACAACAAUAUCGAGGCUGGACAACGACGACUUUGAGAAUGAAGAAUGAACCACAAGACUAGACUAAAUCCUCCUUCCCUCUCCCCAAACUUUGCUGAAGUCUGGAAGAAGAGACUACAACAUGACAACUGGACGACCAGAGGACCGCUGAGCCAAGAACCUGUCUGCACUGAACUGGGCCACAGACUGAAAGCUAGCUUCAAUGCUAGCUGAAAUCUGUCCAGUUGAUAAUAGAGCACAACAUACAUGUCUGUCUGUCUGUCUGUCUGUCUGUCUGUCUGUCUGUCUGUCUGUCUGUCUGUCUGUCUGUCUGUCUGUCUGUCUGUCUGUCUGUCUAAUAGUAAUACUACACAUAGGACUGUGUUUUUACCGGGUAGCUCAGUAUCCACCAGUUGAUGACUUGUUAUAGUGGGCAGCUCCUCGUUUACACCAGUAUGAGACUGGCUGUACUGGUAAGCUCCAAGUGCAACAAGUAGGAGACUGGUUGCCCAUUAUAACCAGUAGUAGACUAGGUUGUACUACUCGCAUCUGUAGCACCUGUUUUUAAAGUCAAUAAACUGCUGGCUGUGAAUACCGUUAACAUGAA